UUAUUUUUGCGCUAGAGCGUCGCGAAUUGCAAAUAACGUUGAUGCGUGAUCAUUCAACAUUGUUUAAAUAUUCACGAUCGACUGCAAGAGAAAACGGCAGUAUCACAAGUGCGAUUUAGUUCCAGACUCUUUGCAGUUUCAUUUUGCCACAUUGUCCGAGACUCAACGUUGUUUGAAAGACGUACAGAACGUGGAAAAGAGCGGCCGGAUGGCCAUCAAUAUGAUGACACCAUUGACAUCGCCUUCACGGGCGACCAUGACAAUGGUGAACAACAGCAAGGAGUAUUACAGUUUUCAUGUGAACGUGUGUGAUGAUACAUUUACAUGUGACGAGAGGAAGAAACGUCUGAUUAUCCCGUCAGGGCAGUCCCUUACUCAAGAAAAUUUGCGACAGAAAUUGUAUGAUCAAUUUGGAAUUAAGAAAGAUAGUUGUAUUUCUUAUAUUGAUGGUGAUGGUGAUGAUCUUCCAAUAGAAUCAGAAUGUGAGUUUCAGGAAGCAUUAAAGCUUGCAAAAACUUUUGUACCAAAUAAGGGACUUGUAUUGGUUGUGCGGCCUUGGAAACUUACUAGAUGGAAUAAUAUUCUGGAUAUGGAGCAAUGUAAUAAAACGACCAAGUGUCAGGAUACACAGAAUAUUGAGAAUAUCGAGAAGAUGACACAGAAUUGUGCUUCGGAUUUAAAUAGCAUGACACAUGCAAUGACAGAUCUAGUCAGCAAGAUGUGUGAGAAGCAACUGGGAGUGUUUCCAAGCAACACAUGGUUUGAAAUUGAUGAUUCAAAUGUUUCAUCGCAACGGCACUCAUCACAAGUUUUGCACAAGGAUACUUCACCUCCUCCAUGGUUUAUAGAAUAUAUGGAAUCUAUGAAGAAGGAAAUGGUAUCUACAAUUACUCAAGAAGUAGUGGAGCAAAUGACUGAAAUGCUGGACAAACGUUUGGAUUCUUUUACGUCUUCUCUAUUCAAUGAAACUAGUCAAUAUAAACGACGGUCACAUUCUUCUCUCUCAAAACGACAUUCUCGAUAUUCCUUCGAAUCACAUUCGAACGAGAAAAACCAGAAGAGAAUAAAUGUUCAAGACGAGGGACAGUUCAGUGAUGCUUCAAUCGAACGGGUGGAUGAACCACAGGAUAUGAAUGUGAACGUGAACGUGAAAGAUCACGAUCGGCAAUUACAGCAGGCAAAGCUAUAUUUACAUGAUCUAGAUAACAUCAAAGGUCAAAUCCAUGAACUCCUUAAGGAGAAGCAAUAUUACCGAGUUGACGAUAUGACUAACAAUCUGGACACGGGCAUCAAUAGACAGGAUCGUAGAGAAUCCAUACAGAGUGUAAACGAUAACAAUGUGCAGGAAGACAUUGCAUCUCCAGUUUGUUGCAUGACUUCCGACGCGUUGAAGAUUCUUGACGGUGAGUUUCGCAUGAACUGCUCUAUCACUGGAAAUCGAGCGCUGAACAUGGAUUCAUCCCACGAAAACACUUGGUGCAAUGACCUUAUGGAGGACAUUGAUAGGAUCAGUCAUUAUUCAGGCUGUUCUAUUUUGUCGGACGAGCGGGAACAUAUGGACACUUUCGUGAUGGUUGAAAUGCCUAUGCCAGAAAACGUAGAUCCGUCACUUAAGCAUCCUAAGGUAUCCUCUGCUGCCGAACUACAGCAACGUGAUAAUAGUCGAGAUUCUCCUAGCUUUGAACUAUUGUCGGAGACACCUUCACCACGCUCCUCUUCAUAUAUUUGUGAGGAACAUUUCGUAAACGUCUUUUCAGCGAAUGAAAAAGACUUGCAGACGUCCGUGGUUAAUUCGAAUUCAGCGGUGAGUUCAGCUUAUAUGGUGGAUAUUCAUGGCAAGAUCUACAAUGAACACGUGCCAACGACUCCCGGCACGAACAUUGAGUUUGAGAAACGAUCCGAUGGAAUCUAUUCUUUCGUAGCAGAGACUUUGCCGGUACGAGAGAUCGAUUCUUCCAUGUCCAAGUUGUCACACGCAGAGCAACAAACGUUCAGUGAACAGAAGAGCUCGCAGUACAAUACGACAAAUUUAAAUAACGAGCGGAACCAGCUUCCAAACUAUUCAAGAGCAGCAGAUGACCAGCAUCAUUUGCCCGCAGAGACGUUCUACUGGAAGAUGCAUUCGCAAUCACAAACCGAUGCGAGCGACUUCGUGCAGAGCUUUCACUCACAUACCACAUCGGUUACUGACAACAAUAAUGAUCUCUUCUACCAGCCAACUAACUAUGUUGAGCAGAAAACAGCGAUUAAGAACACUCAAAAAUCGACUACGACUACAACGACGUCUCCAAGGAAAGCUACACAAUACAACACUCGUGAUAAAAGGAGUAGCAGAGUUAGAGCGGACGAGACACGUUGUGAUGACACGGGCAAAUUUGUUCGACCGCAACAGUCGAAUCGACCGAGCGGAUUCGAUAAUUGUUCCAACGGAUCAAGAAGAACGUCUGAACAGCUGCCGAACGCCACCGCCGAUCCUGUCCUCAUCCUGCCAGAGGCGCUGCUUACCAUGGCUACGCAAAUGGGAUCAAUUGCUUACGUUACCGCACGUGAUAUGUUCGACAAACUGCGUUCACACACGAAGGAUGAUCCUGUUAAACGCCGACGUGUGAAAUUAAACACCACUACACAAAGCUCUUUUUCGUCGGCAACGCAUCGUCCGGUUAAUCAGUCAUAAUCAGGAUCUUCAUAGUUGAUAGAUUCUAUACUAGACAAAAUUUGUUAGGUAAGCAUGCGUUAGACAAAUUAAAAGAAGCAAAUAUAAUAAAUGAAAUUACGCGACAGCGUUCUCGAUUCAUUGUUUUACGCAGGUAUCAUCAAGUACAAUGUAAUCGUAAAGUAUGUAAGACGCGUAAUUCGCAGUACUGGGUUUAAUUCUGCGAAAUGAUAUAAAUGAUGACCGACAUUCAUAUGUCGAUCAUCGUUAAUUUAGUCGGUAGAGUGGUAUGCAAAAUAGUAUAUCAUUGCUAGCUAAGAUGAGAUUGUAACAGCGGCGAAUUGACAAUGACAAACGAGAGAAACAUGGUGAGGCACCUUGCAUGUACAAGUGAUCCUUAAUCACGUAUAAUGAAUAGAUGUAUGGUGUUCUAAAUUACAAAAUCAGAAAAUAUUAUGGAUACCACACUUCUAUUUAUCGUGUGAAAUUAAGAGUCAUGUAUCAUGUGAUUAGUACUUCUUAUAGUGAUUCAUGCUAUACCAUAGAAAAUAUGAAAACUGGCUGUAAUUGUAUUAAAAUUAAGGAAAUUAUAUAUAUGAAAAACAAAAAGAAAAUGAGAGGAGAAAAUAGCGCAAAUAUGAUCGAGACACCUAUUAUGGAAACACUCGGGAUGGUUUUUGAUCGGAAUCAUGCAAUUAUUCCUUACAUUUCUAUUAUGUUUUCAAGGAAAUAACUGAACGAUUCUGAUCGGAAUCAUUCACUUAUUCCCUAUAAAAUAUAAGAAAAAAUAUAGGGAAUAACUAAUAGAUUCCGAAUAAGUCCAUAAUACAUGUCCUGUUUUAUAAUAAUAGAUGUUCAAUCUCAGAUUAACAAGAAGGCAAGAGUCUGCGAACUUAUGAUGGGAGUUGUGAGGUUUUCCGAAAUAGACAUUUUUUUAAUGCGAAUACGAGGGAAAGGAGGAAGAAAAUAAUUGGUAUAUGUAUAUUUUUAUUUGCGGUCUAUACGGUAGGUCAUAACAGUUGCACACUUUUUUCGACGAGUUUCAUAAUACAUCUCGUAUCCAAUAGGAAAAUGUAUUUCCUGAGAGUUAUUAAAGAACGAAUUUUCUUAUUGAACAUGGGAUGCAUUCUAAAAUUUAUAAAAAAAUGUUGUAACCUUCCUAUGACUGGCCAUACACAUGUAUCAUGCAAGACGAUAUAUCGAGGCUCGGCGUUAAGUAUCUAGCGACAUCAGAUAUUCGACACUGUCCUUUCAAGAUAUAUCGAACCACACAACAUACGUUAUUACACUAUGCUAGAGCUUGUGGAAAUUUAGGAUUUGCAGAAAUAAAUGGUUUAGACACAACUUGUGUAGUUUGAGUUUUGGAUUUCAUAAUUUCGACCUAAUAAUUCAAACGUUUCCGAAUGCUUAAAGGCUCUUAAAGGAGUCUACAGUAGCCCUAAAUUCUGGUCUAUAAUAGAUGCUUUAAGCUCUAAGCUUUAAGGCUUCGGAGUAGUUACCGUGACCAUAUUGGGUUCGUGAUUUAUAGGCGAGAAGUGACAGAAGUGAAAACACGUUGAGAAAUAUUGCGUGUCAUUUAUAAAUAAAAAGAUAUUUGAAUAAAACAACAUUUGAGAUCACUUGAAGACACUUGUGAAGAUGGACGAAAAUUCUCCUUUUCCCUCCUGAUAGUCAAUAACCGUAAAAAAUAAGUGAAAUAAGGCCCUAUUCAUAUAGAAAAACACGAUUUCACAGUUAUUGAAAGGAGUGAAAAAUAUGCUCCUCCUACGUAUGAAAUUCCAGGGUAAUCUUGGUUUUCGUCCAUUUUUAC